GUGAGAAAUAAUUGCUUUUAAACAUGGCGGCUCAUGCAUUAAGACGCGGAAGGACAGCUUCGACGUCUCUGUUAGACGUUUUAGAGGCUACUAUGCCGGAGAUGACCCUUUCUGAAGAAGAACAAUUAUUUUUUGAAGCCGUCCGCAGAGGGGACUUGCGUCAAGUGAGAGAAUUUUUUAAAAGAAAAUCCAGCUCUCUCGAGUCUGAAGAAGGAACGGAAAGACAAGCUAAGGUGGGAAAUUUCGCACUUACCCUCGCUGCACAACAGGAUAACUACGAUUUGGUGAAGUUUUUCCUCUCCAUGGGAUAUAGAAUUGAGGAACCGCAUCCCCGCUCUUGUUCGUGCGAAGGCUGUAAUGGAAUGGGAAGCCUAGAGAAAGCUCUAUAUCGACUGAAUGGUUAUCGGGCCUUAGCCAGCCCGGUUUAUCUCUCGUUGUCGUAUCUCGCCGACUGCGAGAAACAGGAACUAACCGCUGAAUAUACGUGUACAAAUGACCCUGUUUAUCAAGCAUUUGUGCUCAAUGGAAAGCUCGAACUUCUCGCCCGGGAGGAAUACGAGUUCAAGAAGGAUUAUUCAAAUCUGUCGACUCGCUGUGAAGAGUACGCGGUGGCACUGCUGAAUCUCUGCAGGAACAUGACAGAGAUUGGCUGCGUGAUGACCAUGCCUUCCAUCAAGGGGCUAGCACACGUUCGAGUCAGGACAGCGAAUGAGGCUGCGAAGAAGUUGAGUGUUCUUAACUUCGCCAUCAAGAACAAGAAUGAGAGGUUUGUGGCUCAUCCGUAUUCUCAACUCAUGUUAAAUGCAGUGCUUUACCUCGACUUCGACAAGAAUUGGAUUUACCGGAGAAAUAUCACGAAAACUACCUUCUUUGUUCUUCACACGCUCUUAUUACCUCUUUGGUCCAUUUUUUACCUUGUCACGCCCGACAAUAAACUGUCUCAGAAACUGGCUACUCCGCUGGCCAAAUUCAUUAGUCAUACGGGCUCUUUCUGCUGGUUCUUGUUCAUUCUGAUUCUCUCCUCAGUUCAAGACAGGCUAGGAAUUUCACUCUUGGAAAUCUCUUGGAUAGAUAUCUUGACCGCUAUGUGGGUGUUAGGUCUCAUCUUUGAAGAAAUGAAAGAGUUCUACAGACAAGGAAGAGAGCGUUACUUUGCCCAAUGGUGGAAUAUUAUUACCAUCUUAAUGUUACUCUUCUUCUUACUGGCGGGCUUAUUCUGGCUGUUGGGUUCCUCAGCGUUGAUGGUUAAAGAUGGAAAUUAUUCGUUCAAAUACCUCGUCAGAAGUAUCUCGAGAGAUUCAGCCUUUCGAUUCUUGUUUAUUUCAAACAGCAUUUUUUCGAUGGCGUUCUUGGUAAGUUUUUUCCACUUGUCAAACUCGCUGCAAGUGAACAGUGGCAUUGGUCCUCUGCAGUUAUCUUUGAUAAAGAUGUGUCAAGAUGUAGGCAAGUUCCUGCUGUUGUUCCUUCUGGUUUUCGUGUCCUUUUCUAUGGCCAUCCGCAAAGUUUAUUCACAAUUUGAGCAAAUUGUGAAUUUAUAUCCGGCUAAGGAACACUCUCAAAAUUCCCAUGAAUUCUCAGGAUUCUCUGCUGGCUUGAGGAAGCUUUUUUGGGCUCUGUUUGAUAAAACAGAUCUUGAAGCAUUUGAACUUGAAUCGAGCACGUUCUACAUAACUCAGACGACUGGAGAGACUUUGUUUGCUAUUUUCAAUAUCGUCGCCAUUUUGAUCUCGCUCAACAUGCUCAUUGCAAUGAUGUCGAACUCAUUUCAGCAAAUAGCGGACGAUGCUGAUAUCCAAUGGAAGUUUUCCAGAACAGGGAUGUGGAUGCAGUACGUGGACAAGGGAAGUGUUCUUCCUCCUCCAUUUAACCUUCUGCCCAAUCGGAAGCAUUUUGUUGAUUUGUGUCGACGUAUUAAAAACUGGAUCAAGCCUCAAAAGAAAGAGCAUUAUGACGAUUUGGAUUCAAGUGAAGGCGAUGAAGAGCAAGACGAAGAUAUGAUUGAGCGUGAGAAAAUCCUCAAGCUUCUUAUUGAUCGUUACUUCUUCACCUCGCGUCAAGCCAGGGAUCGUCUCGUACUCACCACUGCGCUGAAAGCUUUUGGAAGUAGCGUUCAGAAUGAAUCAACGGAGGCGACAGACUCAUUUCCAAAUACCGGAGAAGAGCAACAGCCUAAAAUGCUCGGAUGGUUUAGUCGCUUCCAACAUAAAUAAAUUGUUUUUACCAAUA